GGGUGACUCGCUGCGAAAAUUACUCAGUCACCCCUGAGACAUUGAGGAGAGGAGUCGCUGCGAAGUCCUGGUCCUGCAAUAUGGCGAAUACCAACAAUUUAGGAUGUGGUCCUUUAACGGUCAAAUAUUUGGUGUUUAUCUUCAACUUCAUCUUCUUUAUCUCGGGCCUGCUGCUGAUCAUCGUCGGUGGCAUUGCUCAGGGCUUCUUCUCUGCCUACUUGAACUUCUUCGGGGAGCAGUAUGAGACCCCGGCCAUUGGCAUCAUCAUCCUUGGUGGUAUUAUCCUGGUCAUCUCCUUCUUCGGUUGCUGCGGGGCCAAGCGCGAGAAUGUCUUCAUGCUGAAAGUGUUCGCUGGUCUGAUGGUGCUGACUCUGAUUCUGGAGUUUGCCGCUGCCAUCACCGUUGCUGUGAUGCGUCCCAACAUUGAGGAACUGGUCAAGAACAACAUGAACUCCUCUAUGGAUAAGUAUGGGGAGCCACACAAUGUUGUCACCGAGGCCUGGGAUAACAUGCAGAUGAAUUAUGAUUGCUGCGGCACCACCAACUACACAGACUGGAAGACCACAGUUUACGGCAGCAAGUCAUCCGUGCUGGGUGUGCCGGACUCCUGCUGCAAGGAUCCUACGCCAGGCUGUGGCCACAACAUCUUCAACGACGAGGAUCCUGUCUCUCCUCUGAACAUCUACACCACUGCUUGCUACCAGGCCCUGUCCAACUCUGCUCGCCACAACAUGGGUGCUAUCAUUGGAGGGAUAGUGGGCCUGGCUAUCCUGCAGGUGAUUGGCAUUUGGAUGUCUUGCUGUCUCAUCAGGGCCGUCAAGGAACGUUAUGAGAUACUCUAAGACGUCUCGCACUUCACCCUCCCUCCCCAUGCUACCCCCACCACCCCCCUGAAGAAGGCAUCCAUUGGGCUUAGUGAGGGAGAGCUGGUGGUGGUGGUGGUUGGUUGGUUGGUUGGUUGGGGCUGCCACCAAACAGCCUCUGUGUGUGUGUGUACAAGUGUGUGUAUCUUCUCCUUUGUUAAUUAUUUUUUCCCCUUGGCCAGUUUAUUUACAUUUUUAUUCUGGGAUUUUAUUUGAUUUUAUUUGAUUUUUUUUUUUUUUUUGCUGUUUAUUGGGUUCUAUUUACUCUUAUUGUUAUUAUUAUUUUUUUAUUAUUAUUACUAUUGUUUCAGUUUUUUGCUUAAUUAAUUUAUUUUUUUUCUAUUUAUGGGGAAAAAUGAUUUGUUUCUUCACUUCUCUUAUUUUCUUUCCUGGUGUUCUUUAUUGAUGUAGUUGCAGGGCUUUUGGAUUAUUAUUACUCAUUAUUAUCAUUAUUAUUCAAAGUUUCCAGUUUUCUACUUACUCUGUUAUCUACUUGCCCAUGAUAAUUUGUUGUUUAUUUGUUUAUUUUAUUUCCCUGCCUAUUUAUUAAUUCUUUUUCCAUGAAUUUGUUUGAAGAGAAAGACAAUAAACACUCACUAUUUUUAUUUCCAAGCAUUUUCAUCUUUUGUUUCCUUGCUUACCUUCUAAGAAAAGUGGUAAAUUCUUUCAUUUCUCGUGAUUUGUUACCAUAUGUUAAUGCUUCUUUAUUUCCCCCUCCUUGAAGUCACAUUUCUUGGUUCUAUUUUGUUGUAUCUUCACUUAUUUUAAUGCAUAAUGGUUAGUUUACCUUAUAGUGAGUGUCUCGGUGGUCUGCUGUUAGUUUGUAAGCAUGAAGGGAGGCUCGGAUUGAUUAUCAGUAUUAUUGUCUUGUUUCCCGAGUCUUGGUGUUGGUGUGUGUGUCCCAAGGGAGGAAUUAACCCAGACUGUUGGUGUGAGAGGCAAUGGUGUUCACUGUGUGGCGUGAGUGAAGACUGGCCAUCCUAGUUACUGUUUGGGUGGGUUAGGUGAGGUUUGGGUUUGGAUUGGUGAAAUUGUUAUCUAACUUUGAAUUGUAUUAAUCUUUGCAGUUUUUAUUAGUGUGGGUUCAAUAAGUUGUCAGGUUGGGUUAGGUCAGGUUAGGGUAUCUGAUAUUAACUAAACCAACUAAUCAUUCUACCUAACCUAACCUAACAUUAACUUUCUUUGCCUUACCCUACCUUACUUUAUCUAAACUUCCUAUACUUACCUUAAUCAAAUUUUGCCUCACUAUGCUUCACUUUACAAUACUUUCAAGUGAGAAUAUGACUUGACCUAACCUAACCUAAUGUAAAACUAGCUAUGGUGCCCUCCUUUCUUGUGAUACAGUCUGACACCGCACUUAGUUGUACCUAAAUUAUGCAGUGCUUGGGGGAGAGGAAUUUCAUAGCACCUACACACACUAAGAAGAAGAAGAAUUGACUGGUAGGUGUGUCUGUGUCAAGUUACUUAUCGCGUGCAUUUCUGAAGGAGAGGUGCACUGGUUUAUGCCUGAGUGUGUUUGUACUGGUGAAUCAGGACUUGUUAGUGAGGUACCUUCUUAGUGACUUCUGUAAAUUGGUGAAUAAGAUUAUCAAGAUUGACAAUAGAUUUUUAUUUUUCAUUUUUUACUUUUUUCAGUAGUUUUGGGCAUUCUUUAUUCGUAUAUGCAAAUUCUUCAUUGUGAAUCAUAAUGUGUAGGCUUAUUUUGGCUUUGUUUUUGAGGAUAUUUGUCUUCAGUGUUGCAUAUCAGAAGGUACAAAGUUAUCGUACUCGUAUUCUAAAUUUUUAAAAAUUGUAUGACCCUUGAAAUUCACAAAUCAUUUUAUCAAUUAGCUUAAAACACAAGCUAAACAUACGUAAAUCAGAAUGCACCUGUUUGUUCUUCCCUUGGAGUGCGGCAAGGUUGUGUGGAGGGAGAGUGAACAAGUGGGAUACUAUAGUGAUAUUACCGAGAACAUUCUUACAAGGACAUAUGCUUUUGUAGGGAGGUGCUUGUGACUCGAGAGUGGUCACUGCUUGGUUGAGUUGCCAUUGUAGACAGAGUGAGAAAGACACAUUACUAAGGAUAAACGUUAAUGAAAGCUAGGGAGGUGCGCAAUGCUUUCAGAAACUACCACUGCUUAAACUAGAUAGAUAGGUAAGGCUGUGGGGAAUGGAGUGAGGGAACAGUGGGAUUUUGAUAUGGUGAAAUGCAUGUUGCUUUAAGAACCUUGCUGCUUGACUAACUGUACUUCAUUGGGAUCUGCUGCAAGGUGUCGAGAUGACUGACUGAAGGCGCAUGUGGGAUACAAUCUUUAGUGGCAUUAGACUGUUCAAGCUUUCAUACUGCACUAGACUAGGUGAGGUGAGGGAAGGAGUGGAUGGCUUUGUAUGGUUUAAGGGGUAUUUCUUGUGGGAUCUGGGAGGUGUGUGAUAUUCUAAAACUUGGAUUUUUACUCAAUUUGCAUUCUGCUGGUAGUGGUGAGACUGUCCAAGGGAGGGAGUGGAGUGUUGUGGGGUACAUGUUGCAUAACUUUAUAAACUAUCACAGCUUUUUAAUAACUGCACCUUUAUGAAUUUGGGAAGGACUUGGGUGGGAAAAAUAAAUAUAAUACUAUGUGUUUAAGAAUAUAUGGACUUAACUUGAAAUUCGCAUGUCUCUGUAACCAGAAACUGACUGAAUAAAACCAAUUUGAAAAGACA